AUGGAGGGCUUCCACAACCUCCUGGCGCGCCCCAACUCCGCGCCGCUCGCCUUCUCCCUCCCGCGCCCGCGCCGCAGGCCGCCACCGCCACGCCCUCACACCAUCGCCUGCCGCGCCGCCAGCCGCUGGGCCGACCGCCUCUUCGCCGACUUCCACCUCCUCCCCGCCGCCUCCGCCGCGCCCGAGCCGCCCUCCGCGGCCCCCGCCUCCGCGUCCCCCUUCGUCCCGCUCUUCCCCGACGCCGCCGACCGAUCUCUCCCCCUCCAAGUCGACUUCUACAAGGUUCUGGGCGCAGAGCCCCACUUCCUCGGCGACGGUGUCAGGAGGGCGUUCGAGGCGCGGACAGCCAAGCCGCCGCAGUACGGUUACAGCACGGACACGCUCGUCGGCCGCCGGCAGAUACUGCAGAUCGCCCACGACACUCUCACCGACCAGAGCUCCCGCACGGAGUACGACCGCACGCUUUCCGAGAACCGUGAUGCGGCGCUUAUGCUGGAUGUUGCUUGGGACAAGGUUCCGGGCGUGCUGUGUGCCCUUCAGGAGGCUGGGGAGGCACGGGCGGUGCUUGCGAUCGGAGAGCAGUUGCUGGAGGAUCGCCCGCCCAAACGGUUCAAGCAGGAUGUGGUGCUGGCAAUGGCUCUGGCUUAUGUGGACCUAUCGAGGGAUUCGAUGGCGGCAAGCCCUCCAGAUGUGAUUUUCUGCUGUGAGGUGCUUGAAAAGGCCCUCAAGCUCUUGCAGGAGGAUGGGGCAAGCAAUCUCGCACCUGAUCUGCUGUCACAGAUUGAUGAAACUUUGGAGGAGAUCACACCUCGUUGUGCUUUGGAGCUUCUUGCACUUCCUCUUGAUGAAAAACAUCAGAGUAAACGCCAAGAAGGUCUUCGAGGUGUGAGAAACAUUUUAUGGAGUGUUGGUAGAGGAGGUAUUGCUACUGUUGGAGGAGGAUUUUCUCGUGAAGCUUACAUGAAUGAGGCCUUUUUGCAGAUGACGUCGGCUGAGCAGAUGGAUUUCUUUUCAAAAACUCCGAAUAGCAUACCACCUGAGUGGUUCGAAAUCUACAGUGUGGCACUAGCAAAUGUUGCUCAAGCAAUUGUAAGUAAAAGGCCAGAGCUCAUCAUGAUGGCAGAUGAUCUUUUCGAACAGCUCCAGAAGUUUAAUAUAGGUUCUCAAUAUGCUUAUGAUAACGAGAUGGAUCUUGCAUUGGAAAGGGCACUCUGCUCAUUGCUUGUGGGAGAUAUUACCAACUGCAGAAUUUGGCUUGCAAUUGAUAAUGAAUCCUCACCACAUAGAGACCCCAAAAUUGUAGAGUUUAUUGUGAACAACUCUAGCAUCGACCAAGAGAAUGAUCUUCUUCCAGGGCUGUGUAAGCUUUUGGAGACUUGGCUUGUCUCAGAGGUUUUCCCUAGGAGCAGAGAUACUCGAGGUAUGCAGUUCAGACUUGGAGACUACUAUGAUGACCCAAAAGUUUUAAGCUACCUAGAAAUGAUGGAAGGUGGUGGUGCUUCUCAUUUGGCUGCUGCUGCCGCUAUAGCAAAACUGGGAGCUCAAGCUACAGCUGCUCUUGGUACCGUCAAAUCAAGUGCUCUCCAAGCAUUCAGCAAGAUUUUUCCAUUGAUAGAACAGCUAGAUCUUUCAGCCAUGGAAAAUCCUGACAAUGGUCUUGAGGGUUCUCUUCAGAAAUUUGAUCUGAAAAAUGUUAUGGGAUUUGACAUACAUGAUUCUAAAAAUGCGGCCUUGAAGAUUGUCUCUGCUGGUGCAUUGUUUGGUCUGUUGGCAGUAAUAGGCCUCAAGUACAUGCCUCGUAAGAGGGUGCUCCCUGCUAUCAGGAGUGAGCACGAGGCCGUGGCAGUUGCUAAUGUUGUUGACUCAGUUGAUGAUGAUGCAUUCGACGAGUCAAUACAGAUUCCUAGAAUGGAUGCAAAGUUGGCAGAAGACAUUGUGCGCAAGUGGCAGAGUAUCAAAUCCAAGGCCUUGGGAUCGGAUCAUUCUGUUGCGUCAUUGCAAGAGGUUCUUGCUGGCAACAUGCUAAAGGUAUGGACGGACCGAGCCGCAGAGAUCGAGCAGCAUGGCUGGUUCUGGGACUACACGCUGUCCGACGUGACGAUCGACAGCAUCACCAUCUCCCUGGACGGACGGCGGGCGAGCGUGGAGGCAACAAUCGAGGAGGCUGGCCGGCUCACUGACAUAACCGACUCAAAGAACAACGAUUCGUACGACACGAAGUACACCACCCGGUAUGAGAUGGCCUUCACCAAAUCAGGAGGGUGGAAGAUAACCGAAGGCGCGGUCCUCAAGUCUUAGAACAUUCGGUGUGCAGCGACCUUCCUAAUUUCGUUUUUUUUUGUGUAAAUAAGCAGUGUAGGCUAUUUUUAGUCUUGGAAGACUGAUAUUUUUGGUUAGUCUGAUGUUAUCAG